AUGGUAGUGAGCAAAAAUAGUGAGAGGGUUUUGAACUUAGCCAUUAGGGUUUUGGUGUUCAUCUUGUUUAUGGGGUGGAUUUUUCUUUGGGUUAUGAUGCCUACCAAUACUUAUAGACAAAAAUGGCUGCACAAAAUUAGAGAGAAAAGUUAUUAUUCUACUUAUUUUGGAUCAGAAGGAACUUCCCUUUUGAUGUAUACAUUUCCCAUUUUGUUCAUCGCAAUUUUGGGUUGUGUUUAUGUUCAUUUGGAACGAAAACAUGAAGAUCGAAACGUGGGAACCAGAAAAGGAAAGAACCAUCAUGGUUUGGCGAUAUGGAAGCAGCCAGCGAUCGUGAAAGGGCCACUCGGGAUCGUCUCAUGGACAGAACUAGCCCUGCUGGCCAUGUUCAUGGCACUUUUAGUUUGGUCCUUCGCCACAUAUUUACACAACAGCUUCGUCAAAAUCACUCCAACAUCAGCAGCAAUGGACGGCGAGAAAGUGUGGGAAAGUAGAUCGGGAAGUGCAGGGUUUUGGUUGGGAAUUGUUGGGAAUAUUUGUUUGGUCUUUUUGUUCUUUCCGGUGGCACGCGGGUCGUCGCUGCUACCGUUGCUCGGUCUUACGUCGGAGGGUUGCAUUAAGUAUCACAUAUGGCUUGGCCACAUGACGAUGGCUUUCUUCUCCGCUCAUGGCAUUUGCUUUGUUAUUUAUUGGGCAGCUACUAACAAUCUUUCUCAGAUGCUUAAAUGGGCUAAAACAGAUGUAUCAAACAUAGCUGGGGAACUAGCUUUAGUAUUUGGACUCAUAAUGUGGGCAACAACUUUUCCUCGCAUUCGUAGAAAGUUCUUUGAAGUCUUUCUUUACACUCACUAUCUCUAUAUUCUCUUCAUCGUCUUCUUUAUCUUCCAUGUUGGCAUCUCUUACGCAUGUAUUAUGUUCCCUGGUUUCUACCUCUUUGUCAUCGACCGAUACCUCCGCUUCCUCCAAUCUCGUCGUCGUGUUCGACUACUCUCUGCUCGCCUCCUCCCCUGCCAAGCACUAGAGCUCAACUUCUCCAAGCACCAAGGAUUGAAGUACAACCCAACAAGCACAAUGUUCAUAAACAUCCCUUCCAUCUCAAAGCUCCAAUGGCAUCCCUUCACAAUCACAUCCCACAGCGAUUUAGAACCAGAGACACUUUCCAUCGUUAUCAAAUGCGAAGGAACAUGGUCUUCCAAGCUUUACAAAACCCUAUCUUCUUCCUCAUCAUCCACCAUUGACGACCACCUCCAAGUUUCCCUCGAAGGUCCCUACGGCCCUGCUUCCACUUCCUUCCUCCAAUUCGACACUCUCCUCAUGAUCAGCGGCGGCAGUGGAAUAACCCCAUUCAUUUCCAUAAUCAAACACCUAAUUCACAACUCCAAAUCCCAUCACCAAAUCCCCAAACUCCUCCUCAUUUCCGCCUUCAAAAACACCUCCGAUCUCACCUUCCUCCACCUGAUCCAAAUCUCCGACGCCGCCACCACGCUUCAGGAUUUCCAAAUCGAGGCUUAUGUAACGAGAGAAAAAUCCCCCAAAAACGAAAACCCACAAAUCAGAUCUGUGAUUUUCAAAUCCCAUGUUGGGGAUUCGGCUGCGGCGGCGAUUUUAGGGCCAAAUGGGUGGGUGUGGCUAGCAGGGGUGAUCUCUUCGUCGUUUGGGAUUUUCUUGAUACUAAUUGGGGUUUUGAAUCGAUAUUAUAUAUACCCAAUUGAUGGGAAUACGAACGAUGUGUUUGAUUUGGGAUUGAGGUCCUUUUUGCAUAUGUUGAUGGUGUGUUUUUGUAUUUUCACGGCGGCGACUGUGGCGGUGAUUUGGAACAAAAGACGAGUGGCGAAGGAAGGGAGGCAGAUUCAGAGCGUUGAAGGAGCUACGCCUAAUGCGUCUCCUUGUGCGAUGGGUUUUGAAAGGGAAAUGGAAUUGGAAAGUUCUCCAUUUCAAGCUCUGGCUCAAUCUGUUAAUGUUCAUUAUGGGGAAAGGCCUAAUCUAUCAAGAAUUCUACUAGGAUGCAAAGGGGAAAGCAUUGGAGUUCUUGCUUCAGGCCCAAAGAAGUUGAGGCAAGAAGUUGCAGCCAUUUGUAGCUCUGGUUUAUCACAAAAUCUUCACUUUCACUCCAUCAGCUUCACUUGGUGAAUAGCUCUCUAAUUAAUCACAUCCUAAUGCAAUUCAAUUACAAAACCUUGUAUUUUGUUUUUGUUUUUGUCUGUCUUUUUGUGUUUGGAGACAUGUAAAAGGUUUGUCCUUGUUUGUUUUGAUGAUACUGUUGUAAAAGAUUAUAAUAAAUUACCCUUCGUUGUUAAGAUAUCUCUAUGUUAGUUUUGCAUGUUUU